AUGACUUUUGAAGAAAAUAGUUCACCAGAGAAAAGGGGAUUCAAUGAUUCCGACAUAUUUUUGACGCCCUCGAAGAAGCAUACUAGUUUCUCCGCAACACCUUCGCAUCGUCAAUCACCGUUUGAUUUGACAAAUUCACCCAAUAAAUCACCCAGUAAAAGAGGAAUAAUAAAAUUGGAAAAAGUAUCCGAUGAUCUAGUUUUAUUUUCGCCAGUCAAGACUCCCAAUGGUCGAGCAGGGUUACCAUCGCCUAAAAAGAGAACUGUAGCAGAAUUGGAUAAGUCGGCGAGGAAAAGGGCCAUACUGACAAGCGGUAUAUACUCUAAGUUGAUGGAUGAUGAUUUAGAGGAAAAUAAUAAUGAAUAUCUCGACAGACAGGAGCUAUCGUUGGCAGAGGCAAUUAUCAAAGAAUCUAGGGAUAAUAAGCAGGAAGAAAUUGAUGAGUAUUUUAGAGCUUACGGUAGUGAUGUAGAAUUGGAAGAGGAUAUAACAGCUCAAAAGACGCCUAGGCGCAAGGGAAGAAAGCCUAAGAAGGAAGUAAAGAUAGAAGAGGAUGAAACAAUAGAUGAUGAAGAUGACGAAAUAGAAGAUGAUGGAGAAUUAGAAGAUGAUGAUGACGAAGAAUUCAAGCUCCCAAAGAAAGAAAGAAAAGUAAAGAAUAAACACCGAGUAAGAGAAUCGUAUGUUAUUGAUGGUAUUUCAGACGAGGAUGAAGUAGAGAAAGAAGUUUCUCCCAAAAGGCGGAAGAAAACUGCCAGUCCAUUUGCAGCUACGCUUGGAGACGAGUCCAUAUCACCUAGUAAGAGGAAAGUCGGGAGACCAAGUAAGGCUAGUAAAGUAAUUGGUAAAAUAAAAAGUAUCUUUCAAAUGGACGAUGAAACAUUUUUCACCGAGAAUAAACAAGCUGCACAUAAAAAGGAAAAAGUCGACAUGAGCGAUACUACUAAAGACUCAGACUCCUUUUUUUCAAUGGGAUUUGAGAAUGUAACACAGAGCAGCAUAGUUUCUGUGCCAAUUAUUAGUGGUAUAGCUAACAAUAACGACAGGAAUACAAAAGUGGAAGUAGCAACGAUAGAUUCAAAUAAGUUCAUACCAUUACCAAUACCUAACAUCAAUGAAGAAGGAGAAAUUGAAGAUGAUGAAUAUAUGAAAAAAUAUCUACCUAAUGUCAAUGUUGAAGAAAAGUAUUCAGGUAGGCUUAUCGACGAAAGGGCUUUCUUCCUAGAUGGAACUGAAGGUUAUUUUGAACAGCAUAUGGGUAGACCAAAAGCAGGUGCUAAUUCUUUGUCACAAUUAGCACCUCAAUUAGAAUACGAUGAGUUUAUACCGUUUGUUGAAUUGAGUAAAUUGAUACGUCUAAAGGAGAAGAAUAAGCUAAACAUUCUCCACAAAUCUUUAUACCAUCAAUGGUGUUUUGAAUUAACUUGUGGAUUUAGUUUAAAUUUUUAUGGUGUUGGAUCAAAAAUUAAGUUGAUUGGGGAUUUUGUCCAGAAUUAUCUUGUUGAAUGGUACGAGCAAAAUAUGCAAGAAGAUGACGAAUAUCCAGAUAUAUUAGUUGUAAACGGUUAUAAUCCUGCGGUUAAAUUUAAGAAAGUAGUCCACGACAUUUUAUCGGUGUUUAUCUCCCAAGAAAAAAAGAAGCAAGAUAAUGUAAAAUUUCCCAAACAUAUAUCAGAAACGGUCCCCUUUCUCAUGAAAUACGUUGAAGAUCGCCGUGUCCAUAGUCCGGGACAAUUCAUUAAACCUAAAUUAAUAUUGGUUAUUCAUAAUAUUGACGGUAAGCCAUUUCUUAACGAAAGAACCCAAAGUUUGCUUUCGCAAUUGUGUUCUAUUCCAGAAAUAUGGUUGAUUUCCUCUACCGACAACAUAAAUGUUUCUUUGCUUUGGGACCUGUUCAAAUUGAAAAGUUUUAACUUUUUAUGGCAUGAUUUAACAACGUAUGAGCCGUACACGGUUGAGAUGUCAUUCAGAGACGUUUUGAGUAUGGGGAAAUCGAAAAAAUUCGUCGGAAACAAGGGUGCCAAAUACGUCUUGAGUUCUCUUACAAAGAAUGCUCGAAAUCUCUACAGAAUUUUGCUCAUCAAACAGUUGGAAAUUAUGAGAAAUGCUACUACUACCAAGGCAGGCCGCACUGGUCUCAAAGGUUCCAUAAAGCUUGGUAUAGAAUUCAAACAACUUUACAAUUCAUGUUUAGAAGAAUUCGUUACUUCUAAUGAAAUAAGUUUCAGGACUAUGCUCGGAGAAUUCAUUGAACACAAGAUGUGCAGCGCUGUGAAAGAUGAAGCUGGCGUGGAAAUGGUAUUUGUCCCCUUCAACUUCGAUGAAAUGGAAAAGUUGCUUGCCGAAGAAUUUGCAUCUAAUGAAAUGUGA